UAAACCAACCAAUUUUUGUUUUCAUCAGCCCCCUUCUAUCUCUCUCUCCCUCUUCUCUAUUUUUUUCCCAAUUAUAGUAGCAGUAAAGAAGGUAAAGCCAGCAUGGGAGACAAAAGAGCAACUCCGACGGCGGUGAAGCAACUUUCCAGAUGGAUUCGGAGUCGAUCAGUUAGACAGCAAGUUAGCUUGGCUUCCGUUUCUGCGUUAAUUCUUCUCAUUUUUUUGAAGGUGUUCGUAAGAAAUUAUACCUACUUUUAUGUUGCUGCUCAACUUGCUCACUCCAUUGGAAUCUUAGUCUUGAUUUACAAGCUCACCAUCACCAAAACUUGUUCUGGUUUAUCAUUGAAGACUCAGGAACUUACAGCUGUAUUCUUAAUCAUGAGAAUCAUAUGUCAUUUUAUGCUUAUAAGAGACAUUUAUGUUGUACUUGAUUCUCUAACACUUGUAUCUACUCUCUGGGUGAUCUAUAUGAUACGCUUUAAGCUAAAGAGUUCCUACAUGCAAGAGCUUGACAAUAUGCCUUUCUAUUAUGUGCUGGUGCCUUCUGCUGUAGUUGCAUUAGUAGGCCAUCCUGGAUUCGCAGUUAACUUUGGUUUCAGAUUCUUCUAUAUGUAUUCUAAGACGAUUGAAGCCGUUUCAGUGCUCCCUCAGCUGCGCUUAAUACAAAAUGCUAAGAUGGUUGAACCAUUUACUGCUCACUAUGUCUUCGCCCUGGGUGUUGCAAGAUUCUUCACUUGUGCCAAUUGGAUAAUCAUGCUUAUUGACACUAGAGGAGUAUUGCUGACGCAAAUAGGGCAAGGACAUCUUUACUUGCUAAUAGCUCUCCUCGCUGAGGUGGUUCAAACCUUCAUCUUGGCAGAUUUCUGUUAUUACUACGUCAAGAGUGUUAUGGAGGGACAGCGCAUGAUGCGACUACCUUCACUGGUUUAGGCUUGGGAUGUGUGUGUUAGGAGCGGCGACAAUGAAGAUGCUCAAGUGUGUUCACUCCAUGCUGUCUGCCUAUUGCCACCAACAAACUCCAACCUCUCUUACCGCAUGUUAGCCUAUGUGACACCAAGACUUGUACAUUCUUAGUCUCUAUGUCUGUAAUCUCCUAGACAAAGAAUUUGCUCUUCCUCAGCAUCCAUCUUGUGCAAACUAGACUACGAUACAUGGGCAUAAGUGCAAAAGUCGGGGUAAUAGGAAGAUUCAAACCUGGCCAGGCCGGAAGCAGCCCCUGUAUAUUUAGAAAUAAAAGAAAAUAAACAGCUUUAUUGUUCUAUAACGUUGGUAUGUCUUAUACAUUGCAUAAGCCAUGACUAAUGAGAAUAGGUUGCAUGUGUUUGAGGUCCUCCUUUCACUUUUUGAUUUAGGAAAAGAAGAUUAAAUUC